UUUUGGUAGCAAAUUCAAUACUGAAAUUUGGCUAAAAUAAUAGUAAUAUAGUAGGAAAAAAGGAACCAAAAGAACUGAGGAAGGCAGUCCACUUUGUACGACUUCAUCGGAGACUCCACCAAAACUCCGAUCUACCCACCCUCCUAAUCCCUAUGGAUAUCACCCUAAAUUCCCAAAUCUCCGGCGACUCCCCUUCUUCCUCCACUUCCUCCACCGUUCAAACCCCCUCCACUUCCAACCACCACCACCAAAACGGCGGCACUCCGAUCAUCAACAACAACAACAACAAUAAUGAUCCGAACCCCAUGCAUUCUUGGUGGGAAUCCAUCUCCAAAGCUCGUUCUCGCAUUCACCUCCUCUCCUCCCUCCUCCUCCCGUCCGACUCCUCCGCCGCCGAUUCUCUCUCCUCCCUCGCCGACUCCGACCGCCCUGCACGAUCCCUCCUCCUCUCUCCGGCGGCCUACUUCUCCAUUUCUUCCUCCCUCUCUUCCCCUUCCUCCGGCUCCGGCGAUGACCCUCUUUGUCACUGGCUUUACGACACUUUCCUUUCUUCCGAUACUGAUCUCCGCCUCGUAGUCCUCUCCUUUAUUCCCCUUUUAGCCUCCAUUUAUCUCUCACGAAUCCAUUCUUCUACUUGUACUACUUCUCUUUCUGGUUUUGAAGCUGUUCUUCUUGCCCUUUAUUCUGCUGAAACCAAAGCGCGAAAUGGAAAGCCCAUACUCAUUUCAAUCCCCGAUCUAUCUCAGCCUUCUUUGUAUCAUACUCCAAGAAACCCCACGUCAGCAAAAUCAAACCCCAGAUCGAGUGGGGCCCAGAAUCAACGUCCUUUGGUAGGAGUUUUAUCGCAGCCUCUUGAGCACCAAAUUGCUGUGAAGUCAACUAAACGCGCUUGCAUUGUUGGGGUCGCUUUAGAUUCUUACUAUAAACAGAUUUCCCACAUGCCCACUUGGUCAAAAUUGGAUCUUUGUAAGUUUGCUGCUGAUUGGGCCGGUCAAGAUUGUGCCUGCCUGUCGGAUUUUGAUGAAACUGAUGGGAAUUCAGAGAAUUCUGUUGAAAUUAGUAAUGGUAGUUUGGAGGGUGUUUGUGAAACAAUGGAGAAUUUGGGAAUUCAAGAUGGGUAUGAUGAAUUAAGGCCAAAGGGUGCAAGAAUUCCGCUCCCGUGGGAGCUGUUGCAGCCUGUGGUUAGGAUCUUGGGGCAUUGUUUGUUGGGUCCUUUGAAUGCUGAGGAUGUGAAGGAUGCUGCUUCUGUGGCUGUGAGACGGCUGUAUGCAAGGGCUUCGCAUGAUUUGGCCCCACAGGCUAUUUUGGCAAGUCGGAGUCUGAUUCAGCUUGAUAAGAGAGGCCGUGAGGCAGCUAAAGUAGCUGCUGCAGCAACUGUUGUAUCAAAUGCUAACACGCCGAGUAAAGCUAAGAAGCCCGAGAUCCUUCUGGUUUCCAAAUGACUGCAGUGUAUCCUGAUGGUUUGACUGGUUUUCUCUUAUUGAUUUUUUUUUCCUCAUGGUUUUCCCUUAUUACUGAAGAGUUUGUGUAGGGUUAGACUUAUAAGUAUAUUGUUGCUAUUAUUUCUGUAAUUAGACCUUGGUAGUAUUUAUAAUUAGUAGUAAAUGUCUAAUGAUGAAGAAGUUCUGUAUGAUUUUGAAUUUGACGAAUUGCUAGCAUGCUUUGUAACUUCUUGAUGUUCUUUUUUUAAUAUAUAUUUUGGAGAGAAAACAUUAGUGAUUC